GAUGUGAGCAAAAUCAAUCCAGCAAUAUCCAAAACCUUCAUCAACUUUAGUUCAUUUCGCUCGGCGAUGGCGACUCCUCCGUCUGACUCUCCGCCGAGUUCCGAGCCCGGAAAGCCGCCAAACCCAGUCUCUGUAGAACCAUCAAAUGGUGGUAAUCUAGACACAAAGGUAGAGGCUGUGAGGGAGAGUUCGCCCACUUCAGUAUUUGUGAACUCAGAACCAAUUCGGGAAGAGCAAGUACAAAAUGCAAUGAAGUUUCUCUCCCAUCCAAAAGUUAGGGGGUCCCCUGUCAUGUAUAGAAGGUCGUUUCUUGAGAGGAAGGGUCUCACAAAGAAGAGAUUGAUGAAGCCUUUCGGCGUGUUCCUGAUACAAUGCCGGAUGCGUCAACAACGCAGCCAGCUGUCUCUAGUCAAG